CACAUGAUGAUGAUGAUGAAGCCUCGUGAUUUCACCCGCAGCAGCUCAGAUGAAUGAAUUUACUCUUUUCUCCUCCUCUUCCUUUCUUCUCCUUUCUUCUUCUCUCUUCCAUCAUGGCAUCUCCACGGCUCGAGACUUUCUGUUGUCCGAACCGUGACCCCGCCACCGAGCUGGUCGUCAGUUUUCAGUCUCGGAUCUUCAGCUCGAUUUGUAUCUGCAGCUCCGGGUUGAAUUUGAUCUUCUGUGUUCUUCAGAUGCUGCCGAAGCGCAGAGACUCCAGGCGUUUAUCUCCUCACCCGCAUCCCAAACCCACAGCAUCCAGCAGGAUUUUAUUUAUCAUCAGUUUGUGUGAUGUGUUGGGAUGCGCAGGAAUCAUUGUCAGGUCGUCCAUAUGGGUCGGUUUACCAAACCUGGUGAAUAAGAUCUCAGUGAACAGCAGUGACGUCUGGCCGCAGGUGUAUUGUGUUGGCAGUGCUAUGUGGAUCCAGUUGUUCUUCAGCGCAUCGUUUUGGUGGACCUUCUGUUAUGCAGUGGAUGUUUACUUGGUGGUCAAAAGAUCUGCAGGAAUCAGCACCAUGGUGUUGUAUCACAUGAUCACAUGGGGUUUAACUCUGCUGUUGUGUGUGGAGGGAGUCGCUAUGUUGUAUUACCCAUCUAUAUCGAGUUGUGAGAAUGGACUUCAGCACGCCAUCCCUCAUUACAUCACCACAUAUGUACCAAUGCUCCUGGUGUUGUUUGUGAAUCCCGUGCUUUUUACUCAAACCGUUUCUGCCGUCACAUCACUGCUCAAAGGUCAACAGGGAAUCUACACGGAGAAUGAAAGACGUCUGGGAUCGGAGAUUAAAAUCAGAUUUUUUAAGAUAAUGCUGGUCUUCUGCAUUUGCUGGCUGCCCAACAUCAUCAAUGAAAGUUUGCUGUUUUACAUGGAAAUGCAACCUGACAUUAAAGCCAUCGAUCUGAAAAACAUCCGCAACGCUGCUCUCAUCACAUGGUUUAUCAUGGGAAUACUGAAUCCCAUGCAGGGUUUCCUCAACUCUUUGGCUUUUCAUGGCUGGAUGGGUCUGGAUGUUGAUCCGAGACCUCAGAGACGCAGAGAUCUGCCCUGGGAUUCAGCAUCCACGUCUGUGGCCGUUGCAAGCGGUUACAAUCCCGUGAUGGGAUCCAUGCUGUUCUUCCAAAGCCACGUACAGAAGAACUUAAGCACCAAUGGACAUCAGCAACAUUCAGAUGCCAUAAGUGUCCUAUCUGAAGGUUCAGAAUCUAGUACAGUAGAAAUCCACAUAUCCAGUGACCAGCGAGACUUUGAAGAUGUAAAUCCAGAUCACGUCACGUCACUGGAGAUUUCUACAGGCUGAUGUUCAUGUGACAUUAAUAUCACCUGUGUAUUAGAAAAACUGAUAAAAAACACAACUGGUUAAGAGAUUUAUCAUAAUAGUUAACACACAAAUGCAUGAAAACUUAAAGAUUGAUCUCCUUCUGAUUUCAUCUUUAAAGGUGCUGCAGAAUGAAAAACUGUAUUUAUGUAUUUAUAGAUAAAUAAUAAAGAGUUGUGUGGUAAUGACAUAUCAUGAGCCUCAAACAUGAUCGUUCCUCCUUCUUAUGUAAACCUCAUGCAUGCAAAAGACCGCUGGAAAACAGACCAAUCUCAAAUUAACACCAACUGUGACGUUACAGCCAUGAUGUACACCCCAACAUUAAAUUAAUUAAAAUGUCAUUACAAUGCUAAAAACAAAGUUGUCACUGCUGAGUUCGUGCUAUAUGCUAGUUAAUGCUAUAUGCUAGCGUUUAGGCUGAAUUUCUACUAUUGACGUUUCAGUUACGUUUUGCAGGUCCAUACUGAAAAAAAAAAACACAAACUUAGCACUCAGAAACGUCCAUUAACAAUCUCCAAACUAUUGAUUAUUCCUCAAAAUCUGAUACAGACUCAAACAUAAGAUCUGUUUACACACACACACAGAGCUACUGAAGGAGAAACAGCCAAUCAGAGCAGAGCUCAACAUUAUUAUUCAUGACCCUUUCAAAUAAGGUAAUAAUAGACCAUUUCAUUCUAAAGGGUUAUAAAUGGACAUGUAAAAUAAUUUUUGCACUUUAUAAAGCAACAAACCUUCUAUGUAGAUGUAAGAAAAGAAUUUAACAGAUUAUUACAAUGCAUUCUUUGGCACCUUUAAAGUUCAAUAUGAAUCAAUCAAAUCUCAAAACUAUGACUUAUUUGCCAAUAUUUGUUUGUUGUUAAAGUUUGGUCCAUUGAUUGAUUUAUAUUGAGUACUGAACAGAUUUUAAUGUUUAAUAAAGCUAUACAGUAAAAAUUAAACAGCACAUACAGAUGUAGAAAGCAUAGUUGCUCAUGUUUUACUCAUUUUAUAUUCGUAUAUUGUAUUAUAGGAGAAGUGUGUAUUUUUUGUAAUAA